AUGAAUGAAGGAUUAUUGGAGCGAUACAACGCAGUCAUCCGACAAUACCUGGAGCUAGGACACGCUGAAGUGGUACCUAAGAGUGUUCCUAUUGAUCGCGCCACCUAUUAUAUGCCACAUCGGCAAGUUAUACGAGAGGAAUCGCUGACCACCAAGCUCCGGGUCGUGUUCGACGCAUCGUCACACGCUCAGGGCUUUCCAUCACUCAACGACUUCCUGGAUAAAGGGGUGAACCUCAACCCAGAGUUACUACAAGUACUGCUUCGCUUUCGGUGGUUUCCGGUCGCCAUCAACUCGGAUAUCGAGAAGGCAUUCUUACAAAUUGAGAUACAGGAGACCGACCGAGAUGCAUCCCGGUUCCUCUGGUUUGAUGCCAUUCCCGUCACCCAAAACAGUAACAUUGUCGAAUGGCGCAUGACCCGGGUACCAUUUGGAUCAACAUCAAGCCCUUUCUUGCUCAUGGCGACUAUUCAUCACCAUUUGGACAACGCUUGCCAGUCUUGGGAUGACCAGUCACCAGAGGAGAUUAAGACGACAUGGACAGCAUGGUGCGCAGACGUAAUCCAGCUUGGCUUCAUCAAGAUUCCGCGCUGCGUGAGAGAUGGGCUAUAUGAAGCGGUCGAGAAGGCAGAGCUGCAUAUAUUCGUCGACGCCAGCCUAGAGGCUUAUGGAGCAAAGCGAACCAACAGUGAUAACGAAGGUCGAAGUGCACAGGCUAUGCGGCGUGACCUCAGCGAGAAGUUGCGAUACCGCCAGAAGCUCGUGGACUACCUGUGGAUCCGAUGGAAGAAAGAAUACCUCCUCGAGCUGCGGGCACUUCACCUCUAUUCAUCGCAUCCUAGUAGCAGUCUACAAGUAGAUGAUGUAGUACUCAUCGAGGAACCUAACAUCUCUAGAGGUAUUUGGCCACUGGGACGAGUCGUGGACGUCUUCCCUAGUCAAGAUGGAAUAAUCCGAGCCUGCCGUGUGAAAGCUCAACAUGGCAAGCUUAUAAGAAGGUCAGUGCAGAAAUUGUACGAGCUUGAAUUGGACAACGCUACUGGGGGGCGGGAUUAUGUAGAAAAGGACGAAUAA